CCCAAUUGAUUCCAUCUACCUUAUAGCUUUCCCAUCUUCAUUUUAAAAAUGGCUAGAAAAAAAGUAAAUCUAGCAUUCAUACAAAAUGCCUCUACUAGAAGAGCAACAUACAAAAAAAGAGUGCAAGGCUUAAUAAAAAAGACUGAGGAACUAAGUGUUUUGUGUGGCGUGGAUGCUUGUACUAUCAUCUACGGGCCAAAUGAGGAAGGUCCGAUAGUGUGGCCUCCAUCUGAGGUUGAAGCCAAAAGGAUUAUCUCUGACUUUAAGAGAAAACCGGAGGUUUACCAAUCCCAAAGGAAAUUCAACCAAGAAACUUUCUUGAGUGAAAGUAUAAAAAAGGUUGAGGAUAAGCUAUUGAAGCUUAAAAAGAAGAAUCGUGAAAUAGAGGUUGGGAAAAUGGUGAGUGAUAUCUUGAAUGGAAAAUCAACACUUAAAGAGAUCAACUCUUCUGAUUUAGGGGACUUGCUUUGGGUGAUUGAGGAUAAAAUUAAGACUAUUGAAUAUCGAAUUAGAGUUACCAAGGAGGGUAAAUAAUGUUAUUAAUCACCUUCCUAAUCCUAAUGCUUGAUAAUAGAACAAGUCUAUUAUUUUAGGUGUAGCCACAAUUCACACAUUUAAUUUUGUUUGUUGAUUAAUUCAAAUGCAGUCUUGAUUUUAAAUUGUAGUCUUAUUUAUUCAUGUCUUUUAAAUUUUCUAAAGCACAAGGUUUUAAUGGAAUAAAUU